GCGCAUGCGCAGCCCCGCCCCGAUGAAUGGCGGCUACUCGUCCUUGUGUCAGUCAUGCUUGCUGGCUGUUUUAGGGUCCAGCGGCACCUGCUCCGGGGUGUUGGUGGGAGUCCUCGCUUCCUUUACAGCGGUCUUGUGACGCCAGCACCACCACCACCACCGAGGCGCCUUACACCCUGCGCGUACCUCCACGAUGGACCGGCUGAUCGCGGCCGGAGAGUCUUGGCGAGCGUGGACCCCGGCGUUGAAGAACAGUUCGUGUUUUUGGAGUUCGCUGCCCCCUCGGAGGACGGAAGACAGCAUGGCUGGCAGGCCGUGGACAAGGAGGACCCAUCGGGGGAAGAGAUGCGACUACCAGCAGCGCACCGUGCCAGGUCUCGGCGGGUCGCUGCUGACGAGAGCCACAGCCGUGGAGCCCCUGAGGCGCAGACCGACACGGGGUCGGAAGCUGACUUCGUGGAUGUCGGGUUUCAGCUGCCCGCUAAGAAGUCGCCGCGGAAAAAGACGAAGAGUAAACGGGAGCGCGAAGCUUGCGGCGGCAUUGGCGCGGACGAGAGCGUCCCGGUGAGUGACCGCCGCUGCUCGGGCUGCGGGGCGGUGCUGCACUGCACGGACCCCGGGCUCCCCGGACACUUGCCCCGCGAGAAGUACGUGCGGCUGCUGAGCGAGGACGCGCUGGACCGCGCCGUGUGCCAUCGCUGCCACCUGCUCGUGCACCACAACCGGGCCCUGCAAGUCGAGGUGUCCGCGGACGACUUUAGGCGCAUCGCGGCCACCAUGCGGCCCCAGCCGGCCCUCGUCCUGCACAUCGUCGACCUGCUCGACCUGCCCGGCUCCAUCGUCCCCGACCUGACGGAUCUCGUGGGCCGCAACAAGCACAUCUUUGUCCUGGGGAAUAAAGUGGACCUGCUGCCCGGCGAUGCGACCGGCUACCUUAAACGCUUGCGGCGGCAGCUGGAGCGGUACUGCGCCGCGUGCGGGCUGAGUGCAGACGUCGGGCUGAAGGGCGUGCAUCUGAUCAGCGCCAAGACGGGCUACGGCGUCGAGCCGCUCAUCUCCAGCAUCCAGGGCUCGUGGAAGUACCGCGGGGACGCCUACCUGCUGGGCUUCACCAACGCCGGCAAGUCGACGCUCUUCAACACCCUGCUCGAGUCCGACUACUGCAAGUCCAAGGCCUCGGACGUGAUCGGGAGGGCAACCAUCUCCCCGUGGCCAGGGACCACCCUGAACCUUCUGAAGUCCCCCAUCAUAAACCCGACUCCGUACCGAAUGUUCAGAAGAGCCGAGAGGCUUGGGAGAGAGGAGGACUUCGGUGAUGAUGAUGAAGAGCAAAGGAAACACCUGAAGCAGCUAAAGAACAAGGGGUACCUGGUGGGUAAAGUUGGCAGAACAUUCCGGGCGGAUUCUUCAGGGCGCCAGCUGGUGGACAUCGACUUCAAUCCUGAUGAGCUGUGUGUCGAUUUUGAACAAGGGGGUCUCGAGGCAGAAGAGGAGCCGUCCCAGACGGUGGGGUUCACGCACAACGAGCUGAAGGGCGCCCACUGGCUCUACGACACCCCUGGGAUCGUGAAAGACGACUGUGUUUUAAAUUUGCUCACAGAACAAGAAGUGAAGAUGGCGGUGCCCAGCCAGUGCAUUGUGCCCAGGACUUUCAUUCUUAAGCCAGGCAUGGUGCUCUUUCUGGGUGGUCUUGGACGCGUCGACUAUAUUAAGGGACCAAACUCCUGCUGGCUGUCGGUCAUCGCCUCAAAUCAGCUGCCCGUCCACAUCACCAGACUUGAGAGGGCCGAGGAGAUCUAUGCAAAGCAUGCUGGGAAGACGACGCUCCUGGGGGUGCCCACCGGAGGGGCAGAGCGCAUGCAGGAGUUCCCGGCGCUGGAGCCCCACGACAUUGAGGUAGAUGGACUGGGCCCGAGGGAAGCCGCUGCAGACAUCCAGCUCUUCUCAGCAGGCUGGGUGGCGGUCACCGCGCUGGCCACGGAGAAGAUGCUGUUCCAGGUUCACACGCCAGCUGGGACCACCCCCGGACUGCGGAAGCCACCACUGCUGCCCUACAUUGUGACCCUGAAGGGAGAACGAAUCGGGAAAUCACCCGCCUACAAGGCGAUGAAGCCUCAGGCGCCAGCGGAGGUGAAGCAGAGGCCCAGGAGGUGAGAGCUGAUUGGCCAGAGCUCUUCGUACAUGUGAGGACGGUGGGGACCUGUCACCGUCAGCCCAGUGUCACGUAGCUGAGUCGAGGACACUUUGAAGGAGCCUGGCAUGGGGUCGGUGGAGCUGUGAGCUCUGCACCCACACACAAUCAGAAUGUGACUGACUGGGAAAUAAAAUGCCUUACUGGUGCCCGCAUGGA